UGUCUCCCAUCGAAUCCCGGAGCCCAGACACAGCAUCGUGUGGCGCGGCCACCCGUCUGCCUCUCCUUUCCGCCGCUCUCCCAGCCAUGACCCUGCGAAGACUCCGGCGCCUCCGGCCCGGACAACCGGCCCAAGAAACGGCGGCCAGCGUGGCCGGCCCGGAAGCUCACGGGGGCCGAGGGUCGGAGCUGGAAAAGGCGCUGGCGGCCUCGGGGGGCACCUUGCCCCGAGCUAGGAGGGGCUCUGGAUUCAAGUGGCACUCUCUGAGCCAGUCGCCUGAACAGCACAGGAAGGUGAUCACACUGGAGAAAGAAGAGACUCAGACGUAUGGUUUUGAGAUUCAGACCUAUGGGCUACACCAUCAGGACACAAAACGUGUGGAGAUGUUCACUUUUGUUUGCCGGGUUCACGAAAACAGCCCAGCCCAAGCAGCAGGCCUUAAACCUGGAGACACAAUCACAGGGGUGAAUGGACUUAACGUAGAAGGCAUCCGGCACCGUGAGAUUGUGGAGAUCAUCAAAGCAUCUGGAAAUGUGCUCAGGUUAGAUACCUUGUAUGGUGCAUCAAUCCGGAGGGCUGAAUUGGAGGCUCGCUUGCAGUAUCUCAAGCAAACGCUCUAUGAAAAAUGGGGAGAAUAUCGGUCAUUGAUGGUCCAGGAGCAGCGCUUGGUCCAUGGGAUUGUGGUUAAAGACCCCAGCAUCUAUGAUACAUUGGAGUCUGUGCAGUCCUGCCUGUACGGCUCGACACCCUAUGGGAUGCUGUUGAGAGGAGCUGGGAGUACUUACAGCAGCGUGGGCUGUGUCAGCACUGCCACCGAUGAGACCGAGGAAUCUCUUUACCAGACUUGCUUUUUUGACUCUGCCGACUCCCUGGACAUUGUCCCUGCAACAGCCCAGUUUUCAUGCCCCAAGACAACAUUAACCCGCAGCAUCAGCGUCAAAUGCACCACUACCACCACCACCACCAAUGGGGAUGCCUGUUUCUGGGACAAAUCCAGAGAAGCAAAGAACUCUGUGGUCACGUCAAGGCCCCCCAAAAGCAAACAUGGAAGCUUCCGCAAGAGACUCCUCAAGUUUAUUCCUGGGUUGAACCGCUCUUUGGAAGAAGAGGAGAGCCAGUUGUAAAAGGACACUCAUUGGGAAAAGCAAAGCACAGUUCAGCCAUGAGGCCGGCUGCCUCUGCUUGCUGUGGUCUCUAUUUAUUUAUUUAUUUGAUUCACAGAGGACUGGGCUUCCGAAUGCCAACUGACCAGCUCUAUGAAAAUGCAGGUUGCAGUCUAUCUUGGACUUUUGGAAGAAUAAUUCAUCCGCCUAGAUGGGAGUGGGAUAACACCACCCGUUGGGUGGGUCUUCAGAGUCCUAGGAAGAAAUGAGUGGUGGGAGAGAAAGAAGACCUCAAAAGAAAAGAAAAAUGUAGCACAUUGUGAGGCCAAAGAAGUACAAGUCAUUUUGUAUACUUCAUUCAUGCGAGGGUAGUUUUGGUUUGGGAUGUUUUUUCAGGAAUUGGCAUAAAGCAGCCUCUUCAAGUUAUCGGGUGUCAUUGUGGGCUAUAGGGUCUUCUAGAAAUGGAUGGGAAGCAGUACAUUAUUAUUGGUUUAAGUAGCAUGGACAGUUUUUUUUUUUUUAAGAAAAACACCUGAAAUGUUUGGUUUGGGUUUGUACAUUGGGUGGCUUUUGUUAGGACUUAAUGAGGGGGGCCAUUAGAAGAACCAGCAUGGUAACUUAGCCUAGAGCAUGAAGUAGCAUUUGAGGUUUAGUCAGAUAGAUUGAGAAAGCUCAGAUCUGAGGCAAAAAGUAGAAAGCAAGAGCAACCACCAUCUUUUAUUGGACACCCUCCAGGUGCAUUGGGACUUCCAAGUCCCAGAAUUCCCGUUUAGCCUUGAAUUUGGCCACGUUGGCUGGAAAUUUGCAUUACAUUUAGAAGAUUCAAUUCUAUGAUGGAGUGAGCUGUGUAGGUGGCCAUGAAGAAGCAAGAACUCCCAAGGUGUUUCUGCAUUUUGGUUUUGUAUUUUUAAGCGUUGAAAGGCAAACUGCUAGGAGUUUUAUACACAUCAAGUUCAAUCAUUCCCUUACACUUGGGGCCCGGUCAGUUCUAAGCUAUGCUUAGAACAGUGGUUCCCAAACUUGGCAACUUUAAGACUUGUGGACUUCAACUUCCAGAAUUCUCCAGCCAGCUCUG